AUGGCAGACCCUCUCGCCUUGCAGCCGGUGCUGCUCCGCAUGGCGGACGCGCUUCCGACGCACCCCAAGGAUGACACCACAUCCGACAUCAGCAGCAGCUACGAGCUGCCCGCCCUUCUCUCCCAUGCUAUCAUGUCGGCACUCGGAUUCCGCCUUCUUGGCUUCGACGAGGAGAAGAGGAUAGAGGACGAGAUCCAGAAACUCGUCCCCCGACUUCCUCCUUCGUGGAACAACGGCUUCGGCGCCAUUCGUUUUGUAUACGCGCACAAGCAAUCCUCCAUGAUAUCCAUCAUUCGCGUUAGCCGCGUCGGCAGCAAGGUCGAAAUCAGUGGCAUGGCAGAGGGCCACAACGUCAUUCACCGAUUCGAGGUCACGACCAAAGACCUAGUCGAUUCGUCCAAGCUGCCCCUGCGCAUCACACUGACAGAAGACGGACCCGAGGACAGGAGCGACCUUGUCCAGAAACUUGAGCAGGCUUUUGUCUCCUCGAGUGCGGUCGAAGACUUUAUCAAGCAAUUCAAGCAGAAGAUCGUACAGAAGCUCAUUCCGAAGCUCCAGCACGAGGGAUACACCGAGACACCUGACGACCGGGACGCGACGGAGCAGGCGCAGCAGGAGGCUCGGAGAGAAGCCGGACGAGAGCCAGGACAUCCCUUCCCCGGAAGGAGGCCGCAGCCCGAACACCCCUACCCGAUUCACGAUCCGCUGGCUGGCCCGCCUCGACGCCCGAUUCCUGCGGGCGACUUCCCUCCCCCGGGUUUCGAGGACGAGCAUGAGAUCAACGGCCCGCUGCGUCCUCUUGGUGGUCCCGCGCGGUCACCAUUCAACAUCGGUCAUGAUGACCUGAACCCGCCCGGUCUCGGACCUCACGACCCUUUGAGACCUUCCUUCAUCGGUGGAGGUCUUCCCCGUCCCGGAGGUGGGGGCGGAAUGCACCCCACGUUCGAUGAUCCUCUGUUUGGUGGUCCUGGAGCAGGGGGUGACGGCGGUCUCGAUCCUCAGGCGCCGCCAGGUGCUAGAUGGGACCCCGUUGGCCCUGGUGGCAUUCCCAGACAUGGCGGAAGGGGAGGGCCCUUCGGCGGCGGCGGCGGCUUCGGUGGAGGCUUUGGCGGAGGAUUCGGCGGUGAUAUUAUCUAA